CUCCAAACCCUGGACUGAACACUCUCUGACCCUGUGACCCCAGGCGCUGCAGGAGCUGAAGAUGACGAGCUCCGUGGCCUCCUAUGAGCAGCUGGUGCGGCAGGUGGAGGCCUUAAAGGCUGAGAACAGUCACCUGAGGCAGGAGCUUCAGGACAACUCGAGCCACUUGUCCAAGCUGGAGAGUGAGACCUCAGGGAUGAAGGAGGUUCUGAAGCACCUGCAAGGCAAGCUGGAGCAGGAGGCCCGUGUGCUGGUGUCAUCCGGGCAGACAGAGGUGCUGGAGCAACUGAAAGCUCUCCAGAUGGACAUCACCAGCUUAUACAACCUCAAGUUCCAGCCACCUGCCCUGGCCCCUGAGCCUACUGCCCAAACCCCGGAAGGAAGCCCCAUCCACGGCUCUGGGCCUUCCAAGGACAGCUUUGGGGAGCUAAGCCGGGCCACCAUCCGCCUCCUGGAGGAAUUGGACCGUGAGCGGUGCUUCCUGUUGAGCGAGAUCGAGAAGGAGGAGAAGGAGAAGCUGUGGUACUACUCCCAGCUGCAGGGUCUCUCCAAGCGCCUGGAUGAGCUGCCACACGUGGAGACGUUUUCAAUGCAGAUGGACCUGAUCCGGCAGCAGCUGGAGUUCGAGGCCCAACACAUCCGCUCACUCAUGGAGGAGCGCUUUGGCACCUCAGACGAGAUGGUGCAGCGCGCACAGAUCCGAGCUUCGCGCCUGGAACAAAUUGACAAGGAGCUGCUGGAGGCGCAGGACCGGGUGCAGCAGACAGAGCCCCAGGCUUUACUGGCAGUGAAGUCGGUGCCAGUAGAGGAGGACCCAGAGGCGGAGAUUCCUACACACCCUGAGGAUGGUACCCCGCAGCCCGGCAACAGCAAGGUGGAGGUGGUCUUCUGGCUGCUGUCCAUGCUAGCAACGCGCGACCAGGAGGACACUGCCCGCACGCUGUUGGCCAUGUCCAGCUCUCCUGAGAGCUGUGUGGCCAUGCGCCGCUCUGGCUGCCUGCCCCUGCUGUUGCAGAUCCUCCACGGGGCCGAGGCGGGGGCGGGGCGUCGCACAGGGAACCCGGGAGCCCCUGGAGCCAAGGACGCACGGAUGCGGGCCAAUGCCGCGCUGCACAACAUCGUCUUCUCUCAGCCCGACCAGGGCCUGGCUCGAAAGGAGAUGCGCGUCCUGCACGUGCUGGAGCAGAUCCGAGCCUACUGUGAGACCUGCUGGGACUGGCUGCAGGCGCGGGAGAGUGGGCCCGAGGCGGGUGGCGCCAGCGGCGCCCCGGUCCCCAUUGAGCCUCAGAUCUGCCAGGCUACCUGCGCUGUGAUGAAGCUGUCCUUUGAUGAAGAAUACCGCCGGGCCAUGAAUGAGCUUGGUGGUCUGCAAGCCGUGGCAGAACUGCUGCAGGUGGACUAUGAGAUGCACAAGAUGACCCGGGACCCCCUGAACCUUGCCUUGCGCCGCUACGCAGGCAUGACCCUUACUAACCUUACCUUUGGAGAUGUGGCCAACAAGGCCACCCUCUGUGCCCGCCGGGGCUGCAUGGAGGCCAUCGUGGCCCAGCUCGCAUCUGAGAGUGAGGAGCUCCACCAGGUGGUAUCCAGCAUCCUACGCAACCUGUCCUGGAGGGCAGACAUCAACAGCAAGAAGGUGCUGAGGGAGGUCGGCAGUAUGACGGCCCUGAUGCAGUGUGUCCUGCGGGCUACCAAGGAGUCCACCCUGAAGAGCGUGCUCAGCGCCCUGUGGAACCUGUCGGCGCACAGCACAGAGAACAAAGCAGCCAUCUGCCAGGUGGACGGUGCACUCGGCUUCCUGGUGAGCACCCUGACCUACCGCUGCCAGGGCAACUCCUUGGCUGUCAUCGAGAGUGGCGGCGGCAUCCUGCGCAAUGUGUCCAGCCUCAUUGCCACGCGCGAGGACUACAGGCAGGUGCUGCGAGACCACAACUGCCUGCAGACCCUGUUGCAGCACUUGACCUCGCACAGCCUGACCAUCGUGAGCAACGCCUGUGGCACGCUCUGGAACCUGUCUGCGCGCAGCCCUCGCGACCAGGAGCUGCUAUGGGACUUGGGGGCUGUGGGCAUGCUGCGCAACCUGGUGCACUCCAAGCACAAGAUGAUCGCCAUGGGCAGUGCAGCUGCCUUGCGCAACCUACUAGCCCAUCGGCCCGCCAAGUACCAGGCAGCAGCCACAGCCAUCUCUCCAGGCACCUGUGUGCCCAGCCUGUACGUGCGGAAGCAGCGAGCGCUGGAGGCAGAGCUGGACACCCGGCACCUGGCACAGGCACUGGGCCACCUGGAGAAGCAGGGCCUGCCUCAGGCUGAGGCUGAGGCCACCUCCAAGAAAGCAUUGCCUCCCCUGCGGCACCUGGAUGGACUGGCCCAGGACUACGCCUCUGACUCGGGCUGCUUUGAUGAUGAUGAUGCACCACCCCUGGCUGCAGCUGCCACCACUGCAGAGCCCGCCAGCCCCGCAGUGAUGUCCUUGUUCCUGGGCAGCCCCUUCCUGCAGGGCCAGGCACUGGCCCGCACCCCGCCUGCCCGCCACAGUGUUCCAGAGGCUGAGAAGGAGUCCGGGGGAGAUGCUGCCGUGGCGGCCAAAGCCAAAGCGAAGCUGGCACUGGCAGUUGCUCGUAUUGACCGGCUGGUGGAGGACAUCUCUGCUCUGCACACCUCAUCUGACGACAGCUUCAGCCUCAGUUCUGGGGACCCUGGGCAGGAAGCACCCAGGGAGGGCCGUGCUCAGUCCUGUUCACCAUGCCGGGGCUCUGAGGGUGCCCGGAGGGAGGGUGGUAGCCGGGCCCAUCCGCUGCUGCGUCUCAAAGCGGCUCAUGCCAGUCUCUCCAAUGACAGUCUCAACAGUGGGAGCACUAGCGAUGGCUACUGCCCACGGGAGCACAUGCAGCCCUGCCCACUGGCUGUGCUGGCUGAGCACCGUGAGGACCCAUUGCGUGGGCAGGUGCGGCCCAGCCAGCUGGACCUUGACCUGCACAGUGGCCAGGCUGAGCCACCUGCACGCGACACUGCAGCUUCUGCUGAUGCAGGGGUGCGCACCAUCAAGCUGUCGCCCACCUACCAGCACGUGCCAUUGUUAGAAGGUGGGGUGGGGGUAGGGGCGCGGCCCCUCACUGGGCCUGGGGCCCGGAAGCAGGUGUGGAUGCCAGCAGACAACCUCAGCAAGGUACCUGAGAAGCUGGCAAGUGGCAGUCCAUUGCCUGCGGUCAGCAAGGUGUUGCAAAAGCUGGCAGUGCAGGAUGGGCCUCUGUCUCUCUCUCGCUGCAGCUCUCUGUCCUCACUGUCCUCCACUGGCCAACCUGGCCCCAGCGAAGGUGGUAACCUGGAUGAUAGCGACUCUUCCCUGGAGGGACUGGAGGAGGCCUGCCCUGGGGAGGCAGAGUUGGAUGGGGGUUGGCGAGGUUCUGGGUCUACCUCACUGCCAGUAGCCAUCCCUGCCCCCCGCCGGGGCCAUGGGCGGGGUUUGGGGGUAGAGGAUGCCACACCAUCCAGCUCUUCAGAGAACUGUGUGCAGGAGACACCACUGGUUCUGAGUCGCUGCAGUUCAGUGAGCUCACUGGGCAGCUUUGAGAGCCCAUCAAUUGCCAGCUCCAUCCCUAGUGACCCAUGCAGUGGGCUGGGCAGUGGCACUGUCAGCCCCAGUGAGCUGCCAGACAGCCCUGGGCAGACUAUGCCACCCAGCCGCAGCAAGACACCACCAGCGCCACAGGGCCAGCCAGAGACCAGCCAGUUCAGCCUACAGUGGGAGAGCUAUGUCAAGCGCUUCCUGGACAUCGCGGACUGCCGUGAGCGCUGCCAGCCACCAUCCGAGCUAGAUGCGGGCAGUGUGCGCUUCACUGUAGAGAAACCAGAUGAGAACUUCUCCUGUGCCUCUAGUCUCAGUGCUCUGGCUCUGCAUGAGCUGUAUGUGCAGCAGGAUGUAGAACUUCGGCUGCGGCCACCUGCUUGUGUGGAGCGUGAGGGAGGUGGAGGUGGAGGUGGAGGACAUCGCAGGAGGGACGAGGCUGGUGGCCGCCUGGAAGGAUCCACACCAUCAGGUUCUCGCAACCGCUCCACUGGUGAUCAGGAACUGGAGCUGCUACGUGAGUGUCUGGGGGCCGCUGUGCCAGCCAGACUCCGCAAAGUGGCCUCAGCCCUGGUGUCAGGGCGCCGUGCCCUGCCGGUACCAGUCUACAUGCUGGUGCCUGCCCCGGCCCGGGACGAUGACUCUGGCACCGACUCCGCCGAGGGCACACCUGUCAAUUUUUCGAGCGCCGCCUCACUCAGCGAUGAGACGCUGCAGGGACUCCCCAGAGACCAGCCCCACUCACUGGCUGACAGGCUGAAGCCAAUGGGACGUGCAGCUCCGUCAAGACAGGCUUCCGGGCACAGGUCGAAGGCAGGGGGCGCUAGCAAGAGCAUUGAACAGACCCAGGGAGCCGGCAGGAGCAGGGCAGGACUAGAAUUGCCCCUUGGCCGGCCUCCAAGUGCACGCUCUGACAGGGAAGGCUCUCGUCCAAGUCGCUCCCGUGAGGACGGGGGUCUGCAAUCUCUUUGCCUCACCACACCCACUGAAGAGGCUGUGUAUUGCUUCUAUGAUUCCGAGGAGGAGCCACCAGCUACCACAGCACCACCUCUGCGGCGGGCAUCCGCAAUUCCUCGGGCUCAGAAGCGGGAAAGACCCAUAGGCCGGAAGGAGACCCACGCCCCAUCCAAAGCUGUGCCACCUGUCCGGGCCCAGCCCAGGCUGAUCGCUGAUGAGACUCCGCCCUGCUAUUCUCUGAGCUCCUCAGCCAGCUCCCUCAGUGAGCCUGAGCCCUCUGAGCGGCCAACUGCCCAUCCUCGAGGCCGUGAGCCAGUGACCAUCAAGGCUUCAGGUCCUGGCAGUGGCCGGGAAAGCUCUCCAAGCCCACGCACCGAGGAAGAGCUGUUGCGGCGGUGCAUUGGUUCAGCCAUGCCCAGGCGCCGGCCUCAGGCCUUGGGCUCAAAGCGACGCAAGCCCAGAGCUGCCCGGCCAGACCCACGGCCAGUGGAGGAGCCCCAGAAGUGUGCUGAGCAUGUGGUAGGCUCUGACCCGGCCUCUGAUCUGGACAGUGUAGAGUGGCAGGCCAUCCAGGAAGGUGCUAACUGCAUUGUCACUUGGCUGCACCAAGCAGCGGCUGCAGCCACCCUGGAGGCCUCAUCGGAGUCUGACUCCCUCCUGUCCUUGGUGUCUGGGCUGUCCAUAGGUUCUACAAUGCAGUCAUCCAAACACAGGAAGGGGCGACAGCCCGAGGCAGGGGCCGAGGCAGGAAGUGCUCCCCGGUUAGAGAAACGGGGUGCAGCCCCAGCCAAGAGUGCUGGGAGCCCCCGCUCACCUGGAGGCCCAGAGAAACCUCGGGGCACGCAGAAAACUGCAUCCGGGGAGCCGGCUGUGCUCCGGGGACGCACAGUGAUUUAUGUGCCCAAUCCUGCUCCGCGAACCCAGCCCAAAGGCACUCCGGGUCCCCGUGCCACACCGAAGAAAAUGGGGGCUGCAGGACUUCCACAGCCAGAAGCCCCAGCCAAAACUCCCAGCCCUGGGCAGCAGAGGUCGCGCAGUUUGCACAGGCCGGGCAAGAUCUCGGAGCUGGCAGCGCUGAACCACCCCCCGAGGAGCGCCACACCUCCAGCUCGCCUAGCCAAGACCCCGUCCUCGAGCUCCUCCCAGACCUCCCCUGCCUCCCAGCCCCUGCCCAGGAAGUCUCCUCUGGCCACCCCGGCUGCAGGACCCCUCCCUGGCCCUGGAAACUCCCCGGUGCCCAAGACGCCAGCUCGGGCCCUUCUGGCCAAGCAGCACAAGACGCAGAAGUCGCCAGUGCGCAUCCCAUUCAUGCAGAGACCUGCCAGGCGAGGGCCGCCGCCGUUGGCCAGGGGAGCCCCAGAAUCGGUCCCGAGGGGCCGGACGGGGCCCGAAGGGGGCCCCGGGGCGCGAGGGAGUCGCUUAGGCCUGGUGCGCGUGGCCUCUGCGCGCUCCAGCGGCAGCGAGUCCUCCGAACGCUCAGGUUUCCGGCGACAAUUGACUUUUAUCAAAGAGUCCCCGGGCUUGUUGCGUCGCCGGCGCUCCGAGCUGUCUUCUACUGAGUCCGCAGUCCCCGCCCCCCAGGGUGCCUCCCCGCGCCGCGGCCGGCCAGCCCUUCCCGCGGUCUUUCUCUGCUCCUCGCGCUGCGACGAGCUGCGGGCGCCCCCGCGGCAAUCUCCAGGCCUCCAGCGGACUCCGACAACGUCGCGCCCCGGGCCUGGCCUCCGCGCGCCUCGGCGCACCAGCUCCGAGAGUCCCUCGCGCUUGCCCGUGCGCGCGCCCGCGCCACGGCCCGAGGCGGUCAAGCGCUACGCAUCGCUGCCGCACAUCAGUGUGGCGCGCAGGCCGGAGGGGGCCGUCUCCGCCCCCGCUGACGCCAACCGCCGCAGCAGCGAUGGAGAGGCCAGGCAGCUACCCAGGGUGGCGGCCCCGGGCACUACAUGGCGGCGCAUCCGCGACGAGGAUGUCCCGCACAUUCUCCGCAGCACGCUGCCAGCUACCGCCCUGCCGCUCCAGGGCGCCUCACCAGACGAAAGCCUGGCCGGGGCUCCGCAGCGCAAGACCAGUGACGCCGUGGUGCAGACAGAGGAGGUGGCCGCGCCCAAGACCAACUCCAGCACCUCCCCGAGCCUGGAAACACGGGAGCUACCCCAGGCCCCGGUCGGAGGCUCUGUCCCUCUUCUGGGCAGUGAUGUCGACGGGCCUGGCCCCACCAAGGUCCCUGCCGCUGUCCCCUUCGUCCACGAGGGCCUGAGCGUUGCAGUGGGAGGCUUUCCUGCCAGCCGGCAUGGGUCCCCCAGCCGCGCUGCACGGGUCCCGCCCUUCAACUACGUGCCCAGCCCGAUGGCCGCGGCGGUAGCGACCAGCGACUCUACGGCGGCAGAGAAGGCCCCCGCCCGCCUCUUGGAGUAAAGGGUUAGGUCGGCCGUCCCGGUUGCCCCUCUUCAGGCCCAGUCCGGCUUCCCGGCGGGCCCUUUCCAUAGAGGCUGCAGCAGGCCCGGCCCUUGGGCGCUUGCUCUUGGAUUCUAUCAACCCGCCCCAGGGAGGCCAAGACCUUGCUUCUCCCCAAGGGGCUCGGGAAACAAGGGCCACCGUGCACCCAAGCACCCAGUGGUGUCUCGGCUCAGCCUCCUCUCCACGUAGAGACCCUCCUUCCCCGGCUCGGGCAGCUGACCUGCGCAUCCAGGAGGGUAGGGACACUGCCGGGUCGGCUGGGCAGCCCGCAUGGGAAGUAAUAACACCCAUGUGAGGUGAGGCCACCUGGGGAGUGUGGUGUGUGCGCAUGUGCGCCAGCUGGGCCUGCCCGUGUAGCACCCACUGCGCAGGAGGAAGCCUCUAAUUAUGGCUCCGUUAAUUCGUUAAUGACCACCUUGCCCGCUUUGUUUCUCUUCUCAACUUCAGCUGGAGAAGUGUGGGAUGAGAGGUGGGGCUGAGCCCAGUUGAAAGCCAAGCUCUUCAGAGAGCCCCCGCCAGUGUUGCUCUCUCCAGGAAGGUGGUGGCCCCCCAGAUUACUUGGCCCUCUGUACCCCAUAGGUAAAGACUGGGAACAGGCAGAGAUAGGGGAUACGCGUGCUGGAGGCUAACACUGUGUUCCUGCUGAUGACCAGUGUCAGGGACCUUUUCCAUCUCAGAAGAGGAGCCCAGACACACCUAAGUAGGUCUAGGGAGGGAGGUGGGGGCUGAGGGCCAGGUGGUGUGUCCCAACCCACUGUUGUGGGUGAAGCAGUGGGGGAGAGGAAGCCAGGGGUGGCAGCGUACACUUCUGUAAUCCUAACACUUGGAAAGCUGAGGCAGGAUCGCCUGGAGUCUAAGGCAAUCUGGGGUAUAUAGUGAGUUCAAGACUAGUCAGAGCUACAUAGUGAGAGCCUGACUAAAAAUAAAUAAAAAUAAAAGGGGGUAGAAACCUCUUGCAGGAAGUCUCAGGGGGGCUGGAAGGCCAGGACCUGUUAUAGGGAGGUGACUGGUUUGUGGGAGAUCAACUACCCACGGCUGCUGCAACUGCUAGAUACAUUCCUUCCAGUUACCUGAACUAUAAUCCUAGGCAAGCCUGAAGUCAAGGGAGGACUUGGGGUGUGAACCCUGGCCGGCCAGAAACCCGGGAUGGAGGUGGAGUGUUGUCAGGUGAGAUGGCAGGGCACAGAAAGGGCACCUGAGUGGUCUGAGGAGCCUGGAGGCUGGAGCUGGGCCUCAGGGGCCCUGGGCCUGAAGCCUCUCCUCAUGGAGCUUCUGCACGGAGACAGGGCUGUGUGUCCUGCAUCUGAGGACCUUCCUGCAGAGAGAGCCAGCAACCUCUCCCCUGUGGGAUCUGCUCUGGCAGAGGAUCUGCUGCCACAGAAACCCAGUUCCUCCUUGGAACUUCAGCUCUGUCAAGGCCCCAGCAGGCUGAGGUCAAAGGGCCCAGGAGCCACAGUGAUGGGAGACCCCAGCCCAGAGUCAGGUGCUGCUUCACCCUACAAAUGCCACUCUUGCUCUUCUGCAACACACAUCCUGCAGGAUGACCACAUUCCCAAGCGACAGUGCUCAGGGCCCCCAACCAGUCACUCCCAGGCCUGUCUCACUUCCCAGCACAGGGCUGCUGGGAAGCUCUGGGGGCAGAGCUGGCCAGGACAACAGGCAGGGAGAGAAGGAAGACCUGGCUCUACAGAGGUGACUUCUUUGGGACACAAGAGCCGUAUCAGUAGCCCACGUCCGACUGUGGCCUGAAGGCUAAGCAGCCAGAUGCUCGCUUGUUCACACCAUGGGUCAGCUGCACCCCAUAAAGGCCAGUUGCUGGGCAAGGACCACCAGUUUGCCAGUGCAGGGCCCGGGCCAAUGUGGGCCUCCCUACCAUGCACUGUGAGACCCUGGGCAGUACUCUUGCCCUGUGCCUCAGCUUCCCCAUGUGGGCCGUGGGGAAGACUCCCAGAGCUACCUCUUGGGUGAGUGGAGCAAUUGUCAUGAUAGGGGUGUACCUGGCGCUGCUCACAGACCCAACUGGGGUGACACCUCAGCCGUGAUGUAAGGGGCUGCCACUCUACUGGCCACCUCCAGCAGCUACUUCUGCCUUUGUACCCUUUGUGGCAGGGGGACAGCCACAUAUGCCAUCUGGCUCAGGCGGGACUAAGGGCUGGAGCCAGCUUGGGCUGGCUGUGAACA